AUGGACGAAGCGGCUCUAGAUGAUUUGAUCGCGCGGCUGCUAGAUGUGCGGAAUGGACGGCCAGGAAAACUCGUUCAAUUGACUGAAGCAGAGAUUCGCAAUCUCUGCACCACUGCAAGAGACGUCUUCUUGCAGCAGCCCAACCUCCUGGAAUUAGAAGCUCCCAUCAAGAUAUGCGGUGACAUUCAUGGCCAGUAUUCGGACCUCUUGCGCCUCUUUGAAUACGGCGGUUUCCCUCCGGAGGCUAACUACUUGUUUCUAGGAGACUACGUGGAUCGAGGCAAGCAAAGCCUCGAGACCAUCUGUCUGCUUCUGGCGUACAAGAUCAAGUACCCGGAAAAUUUCUUCUUGCUCCGAGGAAACCAUGAAUGCGCUUCCAUAAACCGCAUCUACGGCUUCUACGAUGAGUGCAAGCGCAGGUACAACAUUCGGCUGUGGAAAACCUUUACAGAGUGUUUCAACUGCCUUCCGGUAGCUGCGUUGAUAGACGAGAAGAUUCUCUGCAUGCACGGCGGCCUCUCGCCCGACCUGCGGUCGCUGGACCAGAUCAAGAAGAUCGGUCGCCCUACUGAUGUACCAGACGCCGGUCUGCUGUGCGACCUGCUGUGGGCUGACCCUGACAAGGACAUUCAAGGUUGGGGAGACAACGACCGGGGUGUGUCGUACACGUUCGGCGCGGAUGCCGUCACUGACUUCCUUGACCAGCACGACCUGGACCUAGUUUGCCGCGCUCAUCAGGUUGUGGAAGACGGUUACGAGUUUUUUGCCAAGCGCCAGCUCGUUACAGUCUUUUCCGCACCCAACUACUGUGGCGAGUUUGACAAUGCCGGUGCCAUGAUGAGUGUGGACGAGAGCCUCAUGUGCUCCUUCCAGAUUCUUAAGCCGGCUGAAAAGAAGCCCAAGUUCGGUUAUGGGGCAGCAGGAGGAGCGCGUGGAGCAGGCCAACCACGAGGUGGACGGAGAUGA